CAGAUAUCAGAACAGUCUUAUGUUUGCUUCCAUUGAACAUCAGUGAGUUGAGUGCAAUACAUCAGACUAAAUCAAGCUCGGUAGUCUUGUGUACGAAUGUGAAAUUUGCCAAAUGCAAGAUUUUAAGGAUUGAAAAGAAUAUUAUGCCGGCGGAUGCUGAUGCACUGAACACCAACAAUCAGAAAUGUGAUAUCGCUUGACCCGGUUUUAAACACAAACACAGUUCAGUCUUCGUUGAUAUACCCUGCUGUAUUUUGAACUGGAUUUUGCUUCGCAAUCGACACUCAGAAAAGAAAAAUAAUCGAAAAACCGAAAAAAACAACAAACCAUUUGAAUAAACACCAAAAUCCAAAAUGUGUUCAUCUUGCUCAGACUUUCAAAGGAAAAUGGUGUCCUUCGGCUGUUCGGCCUUCCUUAUACUACUUGCCAUUAUCCUAGGAACGCUGUGGCCAACGCUGUCUUCCAGAAUGUUGCGUGAUAAAUUAGUCAUCAAAAACGGCUCAGUGAACUACCAGAACUGGAUCAGGACACCCAUUCCGAUGUUCCUGGAAAUCUACAUGUUCAACUGGACGAAUCCCGAUGAACUACACCGUUAUCCUGAGGUGAAACCUCACUUUGAAGAGAUGGGACCGUAUGUGUUCCACGAGGUUCACGAACGGGUCGGAUUAGUGUGGAACAAUAACAAUACUGUCACGUUUAACCAACGACGCACUUGGCACUUUGACCAGGAUCUUUCCAAGGGUUUCCUCAACGACACGGUGACCAACCUAAAUGUUAUUUCUUUGAAUGUAGCUUAUUUUAUGCGUGAUGCAGGAGCUGUUACUAAAUUUGGAACUGAUGUGAUUUUGGAACUGGAUGGUUCACUAUUGUGGCACAGCAAGACUAUUCGCGAACUAUUGUUUGACGGGUUUGACGAUACGUUGCUCGAUGUGUUGAAAACACUAAAUCAAACGGUAAAGAUUCCAUUUGAUAAAUUCGGUUGGUUCGUGGAUCGGAAUUUGAGUGAUACGUACGAUGGAACCUUCACCAUGAAAACCGGGGCUGAUUCACUAGAAAACACAGGCAUUCUUACCCUUUGGAACGGUGCGGAUCACACAGGAAUGUAUCGUGGAAAAUGCGGCGAAGUUAAGGGGACCACCGGAGAGCUUUGGCCAGUCAUGCACAGUAACAAAACAAACGUAACUAUCUUCGCUUCCGAUGUGUGCCGUUCUUUGACUCUUCAGUACGGAGAGGAAGUAAUCAUCCAUGACGUCGAAGGAGCCAAGUAUGUUGGCGACGAAAAGGUUUUUGAUAAUGGGGUCAAGUACCCAGAAGCUGCCUGUUGGUGCAAUUCUCGAUUAGAUCAAUGUCCCGAUGUCAAACCGGGGGUUUUCAAUGCAUCUGCUUGUAAAUACGGCUCGCCAACUUUUGUUUCCUAUCCACACUUUUAUCUUGCCGAUCAGAGCUAUCGAGACUCAAUCGAUGGAAUGUCACCCAACAAGACCAAGCAUGAGUUCUUCAUUGCGAUCGAACCGCACACUGGAAUCCCACUAGACGUGCGCGCUCAAUUACAGAUCAAUAUGCUUCUACAACCUGUAAAAGGAUUCAAAAUGUACGAAAAAGUGCCGAAGAUAAUGGUACCAAUGUUGUGGUUCACGCAACGAGCAACUCUGACACAAGAACUGGCCAAUCAAGCUAAGAUGGCUCUCGUUCUACCCGAACUAGGAAUUUACAUUGCCAUAUUCUUUGGCGCUGUUGGAGUCUUACUGGGUGGUAUUUUCGCGUUCGUAACUAUCAGAAAAUGGAGCGAACAGGUGCCGUAUGAAGAGCUGUUGCGGUGAGACUUGGUCGAAGUUGCACCCGAACCGGAAAUCGCUUGAUCUCGAAUUUCAACAACAAGGCGUGGUUGUCGAAAACUAUACCAUCAUAUGAAGUGCCUUCAAUGUGAUAAUCAUUAAUCACAAUCAAGUGUGAACAUGCCAAAGUUUGUGUCGUAGACACAUAGUGUUUUUUUUAAUUUAGCAUUGAAUACAAGAGUUUUAUUGUUUUUUUGAAAUUCUGAUGGAUUACAACAUUUUACAAAAUCGUACAUCGAACAUAUCUCUGACUGUACAAUUGUUUUUUGGAUAGCUAAAAAUACAUAUAAUUUAUAAAGUGCCAAAAGAAUUUGGGAGAUUAUAAUUACCAGGUUAGAUGUGGAAUAAAAAAACGUUUAAAAGACAUAGAUUACACGAAAAUAAACAGUUAUUGUGUGAAGAAAAACAUUUGUUGAUUCAACUCUAAAAAUAAAAUUUAUAAUGUAA